GUGAAGACCACAGCCCCGCGCAGGUAUUGCGUGCGCCCAAACUCUGGCACGAUCAAGCCCAAGAGUUCUGUAUCAGUGAUACUGCUGCUCCAACCUUUUGAUUACGACCCUCAUGAGAAGAACAAGCACAAGUUUAUGGUGCAGAGCAUGUACUAUAUGGAAGGGGACCAAAGCGUUGAAGCCAUGUUCAGAGAGGCCAAACCUGAGGAGCUGAUGGACAGCAAGCUGCGCUGCGUCUUUGAGAUUCCGUCUCCUCCGUUUGCUGAUGAACCUGAAGCACCUGUAGAGGUGGUUGGUGACGUCAAGGUCCCCACAAUUGCAAAGGUCUCCGAGUCUGCGCCCUCGACUGACCCCGCCAGUGGUGUUGACCCCAAGCUUGAGGCGCUCGAGAAGGAGCAAAUGAGGGCAGCUGAAGAAAUUAAGAACCUGCGUGCUGAGCUCAGCUUUUUGCGGCAGGAGAACUUCAAACUGAAGGACGACAAACUUCGUGCGGCAAAGCAGAUGCGAGGUGACGCUGCUGGGCCCACGGUCGUGAAGCUGCACGAGGCACCGCCAGGCUUCAUGCCCGCACACUUUAUCCUAGCCAUCGCCACGGCCUUCCUGGGCUACUUCCUUGCCAAGUUUGUGCUCUGAAGGCCUACUUCCAGCUCCUCUUCUGCUCUUCCUCUGCUCCUCUCCCAGCUCGCGCAUGCAGCGCCGGUCUCUUCACUCCAGCAAUGGUUUCUUGCAACGGACGACGUUAUUUUUUAAUUGACUCCUCGUCUUAAUCGACGUGAAACGUUUUUUUUAUUGCGUUAGUUUCUGAGAGGGUUUAGGGUUUACAAUGUAGUCGUCAUUUAUGGAGAGGCCAUCCUAGUCAUGCAGGCUCCCCUGCUGGGGGUGUAUAUCUCCCAUCAUCCCAAUGUUUAGCGUCUGAUGCUUGGCAGAUACAUUGGCGCAAAAAUUUCUUCUGUUGCGCCAUUUCUAUUUUCGAGACUUGCUUCAAUUAAAUGACUCGUGGCGCUAAUUUGUCUUAUAAUGCACCUAAAUUGAAGCAUGACAAGACAUGUUCAGAGAUGCUAUUGGUGGUCUAAUGACCUAUUAAGACAAGCCACGCUCGUGUCUGUAUCUUUAAUGAAGAGACGUCAGCUCAGCACGUGGCAGCUGAUCGCGGGACGCGUUUGUUUGUUUCCAAAUAUAAAGAGCGUGUGAGUAAGGCUCAUGGUAUUGUGCCAGCGCCCAGCAGUGAAUGACUGUACAAGUCCCCACUAGUUAGCGUAGCAACGCAGUGUAAGAUGAGUUCUAAAGCAUUCGUUGAUGAGUUCCAUUGCUGCAAAGUCUCGUAUUUACUUCAUUAUGCCGUAUGGGGAUAAUGUAUAGCAGCCAUUUGUCCAUGUGCGAAUUAUGUUGUCCUCUUUUAUAUAUACCGGUAAUUGAUAGUGCAAAUGCUGUGGUUAGGUUCAACUCUUGGUAUGCAAUGCUGAUCUGUGUGGAGUAAGGGAGGAUGUUGACCAUUCAUCGCCGGAGAUUACUUCCCCUCUUUAGGUUCCUUCGCACGAAAUAAAUGAAUUAAUUUUUCUUCUAAGCAAAAAGUUUCUUUGCAAUUGCUUGACUUAAAAGUCGUAGAGCGUGAGGAAGUUAUUCAAAUAUUGUGGCAGGUCUCAGUGCGGUGUUGCGACAGGGCAGCCUCGCUUGCAGGUCUCAAGUGAUGAUAUCAAAUGAUGACCAAAUUAGUAUCUCGCCAUUAUAAAGUCCUCAUCCUACUACUCGCUUCCCGGACCCUACCUCUCCAGUUCAGACCGUAGCUGUUGUGAGCUCUGGCGCCCAGGCAUUGAAGCAGGCCUCACCUGCCCUGCCCUAGCUGUAUACCUUGCCACUCUUCAGGUGGUAACUAGUAUAAAAUAUCUGCUAUGUUUCAAUUAUCGUUGGGUGAUAGAAAAAGAAAGUUGCGAUGCUCGUCUUGGUAUGAACGCAUAUGCUUGCCAUUUGACAGGCGUCAUGUGCAGAAGCCAAGUCAGUGUUUUUUUCAUAUAAUAAGUCACGUGUAAGAGUGUACGUGAGGUUAGGUUGCGUCAUGACACGCACGUUUGUUUGCAGUCGCUCUUGAAAGCUUUGUAGUUGUAGUGAAGAACUUGUUAAUCCGUUAAGCUGAUGCGUAACUUGUAGAGUAGGCGGGUGAUUGUUUUCUUUAUCACUUAAGAACGUUUGUGUUGAUUAAUUUUUCAUGUUUUGGUAUUUUUGAUCCUCUGUUUAUUUCAGGACUUGAGAUUCCCCUUGGAGAAUAACUUGAUGAUGCGAUAUUGGGUGUGCAAAACUGUGCAUUUUAUUGAAAUUAGCACAUAAUAAAGAGUUUGGGAUAGUGGUUGGCAGGUGCCUAUAUCUAUCCUAGCUGCGUACAUAAAAUUUAGUUCACUGCCUCGACUAACUUAGGCAUAUCGGGUAACACGGCUACAGGUGGACAUCUUGCUCUGUUCUCGAGGCUCGUGUUGAUGGAAGCCUGCUUGAGAAAUUCAAGCUUUAGAUCCAUCCUAAUGAGGCUGAGUUGCGUGCAUUGUUUUUAUCUUGUUAAGUUGUUGGGUAACUCCGGAGGUUUAAGUGGUUCGUCGUUCAAGGUGAGGCUCACGUCUUAUCAUGCGUCUGAGGUGUUGAAAAAACAACUGCUUUGAUGACACUUGGACGGCUGUUGCUAUGUACAGGUCACGUGUACGGCUGUUGCUGUGUUCAGGUCACGUGUACAGCUGUUGCUGUGUACAAGUCAAGUGUACAGCUGUUGCUAUGUACAGGUCACGUGUACAGCUGUUGCUGUGUACGUGUCACGUGUACAGCUGUUGCUUUGUACAAGUCACGUGCACAGCUGUCAUUGCACCGGCAGUAAGCCUCAUAACCUUGCGAGCUGUGUAGCCAAGUCUGCAGUAAUUACCUAAUACGGUAUCAGUUAUUCUCGGUGUUGUCUCUUGGAAGUUGUAUGUUCCUCGUCUCCCUUCCUUCCUUUACAUCGUAUCUUUUAUCGCUUUGGCUUUGAUCAGGAUCUUGGGACAAGGGUUAGUUGCCGUGCCAUUGCCAUUCAGCUCCCUUAUGGCAUUCAAAUCUUUAAUUCACCAGGUAGCCUAGGAACUGGCGAAAGAAUGAUUUCGCGGGAGAUUUAUUUUGAAGGCUUCUGUAAAUUGUUGGUUGUGGUUAUGUCUAGACAGAGAAAUUGUAUAUGGUGAGUGUUGGACAACGAGGACCAACUGUCGUUGUGUGAAGAUGCGUCAGAAUAAAGCAAUGUUAUCUCCCAUUAAUGCCUGCGUUGCUAGUUCUUGUCGAGUGUUGCACGUUUUAUUCUUCAAUAAAUUGCUAACAUUUCUAUGAACCUUCUGGCUUCUAAAUAGAAGAACGUAUUGAUACCCUUUUUGUAAAUCAUUAAAACCAUCAAAAAUCUCAAUUAUUUCAUGUUGAUUUUACGGCUUUUGUCACGAGUAAAUUCAAAUUUUAAAUGCUUCCUAUUAAAAGCAACACCGUUUACAUUUCUGCAUAAUGUUUGUGUUUCGGCAUGUUAUUAAGUGAGGGUCAUUUCCACGUGUAACGUCUGUCAAUUAUAUUCUCGUUUUCUCA